UCAUUGUUAAGUAGCUAGCUAACUUGUUGCUCGAUAAGAGGAGUUAAGGUCAAGCUACCUGUAAAAAGUCUUUUCUCUGUGACAUAUGUUCGAGUCAUUAUUAUACAAAAAAUGUCUGACACGCUUGAAAAUGAAGAUAAGUUGGGAGCAGUUUUGAUUCAGGUUCAAGAUGAUCUGAGACAACUCAAAUGUAGUCUUGAGAAAAUCACCACCAGUGACAGGGAAAAAACACUGGACCUUCAUGCCUUGGAUGCUGCCAUUUGCAAGACAGAGAGCAGCAUCAGGAAACACGCAGAGGAUUAUCUGAAAGCAGUGACAAAGCAGCUUCUGGUUCUUCCACACAUAGAAGACUUACCAAAAAAGACAGUGCAGAUUCCCAAAUGGAAACCUGCUCUGGAGGCUAUCCCACAUGUGCAUCUAAAAAGAGAAGACCUUCACAAGACUUCACCUGGGGAAAAGCACAAGUCAACAUUGACCAUGCGUUUGCUGUGUAAUCCCACUCACCCAAAUAACAGAGCCAUCAUGUACCAAAAAUGUGGUAUAUCACUCCCUCCUGUCCACAAGAGGAGCACAAAUGCAGCAAAGCAUCACAGAAUAAUCACUGGACCUGUGGUGAGUCUUCAGGCAGUUGAACCAAUGACAACUACAAGUUUGCUUCAUAUGUCAAUCCAGCACAAGACUGCUUCUCUUCACCCCAGACAGGAUUCAGAUUCUUCAAAGACAGGUCUGAUAGGCUCAAAGUCCAGGUAUCACAAGCAGCUGACAUGGGAAACAGAACCUGGAUCCUCCUAUGAAGAGAGAGAAUGCACACCACUCUGGACCGCCAAGACACCACCUCCCUCCACAAUGUCCAAGAGCAUGGACAACAGGGGAAUAAUGCAAGGCACCAGUCUUCUCCCUAAAGGCCCUCAGAAUCCACCUGUACAAAUUCGUAGGAAAGCCAGCAAAUACCCCUUUAUCAUCAUAAAUGGACAGAUCUGCCCAAUGAUGACAGAUUUCUGCCACUUUAAGCAGAACUUUAGCUUGUGCUGGACUAGUGUGGUAGGUGCUCUGGAUGCCCUGGUGAAGCUACUCAGGGACUUUGCUGUGCCUCUUGCCAAAGUCAGCGGGGAACGGCUAGUGGAGUUCAGCCAUGGUUGGGAUAACGGUUGGAAAAGGGCUCCUCCAGUGAGCGGCCUCCUCUCAGUGCUUGAAAACCAAGAGGAGGUACUGGGUCUGGUCUUACGCCCAGGUCAGCGCUACAAGGGAGAGGGAGGCAUUGAGGCAGCUGCCAUCCACAUCCAGUCCUGCUGGAGGCGCUAUUUGGCCCGGACAGCCUACCUGCGCCACUGUCAGCACAAGUGGGCGGCAGGGACCAUUGCCAUCUCAUGGUUGAUGCACAUACAGAUGCGUUGUGUCAGGAAGGCCCUGCAGGCCCGGCGUUUCAAACAGCUUGAGAAUUACCGCAGCAGAGCCCAGUAUCUGGCAGCCAACUGGAAACACAUCCAGUCCUCCAAGAGGACCAUUAUACACAUCCCUUCAUUAGGAUACUCUCACAGCCAGCGUCUGAAACUAAGGGGAUUUGACAUCCAACAGAAUAUCCAAAUAAGCAGACUGUGUGAUAUUAGAGAUGAAAAUGUGGAAGUGAUCUACGUAUGUCCGCGGCAUCUGGGGGAAGACAUCUUGCACUAUUACACCAGCCUCCUGAAGUGUGAUGGAGUCACAGAUGGAGCUGAUACUGGGACAGCUCAGGCCUCACAUCCCCAUGUCAGACGUUUUGUCAUCCUCACACCUGAGGCUGUAGAUUACUUCCCGACCCACAACAUGUGCCUGUCCACACUACUGAAGUACAGUCCUCGCACCCUGAAGCGCAUCAGGAACCUGAUCCAAGGGAAGCAGACCUAUAUAGUAGGUGGAGUGGUCCAUGAGGAUGACUUGGCAGUGGCUGAUGGGCUAGGAGUGCCAGUCUUGGGUCCAGAACCAGCUAUUGCACAGUUGCAUGGCACCAAGUCCGGAGGGAGGAAGAUCUUCGUUGGAGCAGAGGUUGAUGUACCUCCUGGUCAGGCAGAUAUCUACACGCUAAAUCAGCUUUGUGAAGCUCUGGCUGAGCUCAUGACUCAAAACAUGGAUGUGCAGCGCUGGCUCUUCAAGAUGGACUCUGAGCAUGGUGGCCGUGGUACAGCGUACUGUGAUAUGUGCCAUCUCAGCUGCUAUCGCUGGGCCCUGCAGGAAUACCGUCGUUAUGGUCCUGAGCUAUGGAACACAAAAUGGAUUCAGGAGUCUGUACUGCUCAGAUAUGUAGAUGAGAUACCAGAGUGGCUCACCCGUUAUGCCCGGCCUGCUAAAACCUCCUCCUAUCCCACCUGGGCGUGUUUUCUCAAGACCUUCCUCAGGCAAGGUGGUGUGGUGGAGGCUUAUCCCCCUUCAGACAGCGUCACCUGUCUGACAGUAGAUCUGCUGCUUGAGCCCGGGGGUGAGGUGAUCAUGCUGUCCUGUGGAGACCAGCUUCAUGGCUCCUGUCAACUGGAAACUAUAGGCUCCACUGUUCCUCAGACCUCUGUACACCCAGAGACUUUGCACUCCAUCUGCAUGCGUGUGGGCCAGGCCUGUCUGCGACACCUUAUCGUAGGUUACGUGUCCGUGGACCUGGUUACCUUUCUAAACAGCAAUACCUUGGAACAGAAGGUGUGGGCUAUUGAUCUGGACCUCACAUACAGUGACCAGCUGGCCAUGACCCAGAUGCUUCUGAUGAUGACUGGAGGAACGCUGAAUUGCCGUGCAAGCUGUUUAGAAGUGCCAGUGCCAGUCAGGGAGAAAUGCUGUGAACACCAGAUUGCAGCCAAACCUCCUGUGGUUAAUUGUUAUGCAGUCAUUGGGAGCCACUUGUUUCACUCUAACCUGUCCAUGUUAUACCAUUAUGUGUUCAUUAAGAUGUGCAAGGCUCAUGGCAUAGGAUUUAACAUGAAGAGGAGGCAAGGGACUGUUUUUGCUCUUUACGACAACAGUGAGCGAUGCAAUAUUGGAAUGAUAACAGUCUCUGAAGAUCUCCAGGGAGCUCUAGUGACCUUUGUUCGGAAUCUGUCAGUCAUUCAUCAGGAAAUAUCAGCCUCUAAAAUGCAAGGAGAAACCAAUUUUAAGGCGCUGAUCAAGGACAUUGAGGAUGUACUACAGACGACUGUUCAGAACAAGAUGCGAGCGGUGGAGGAUAAACAUGCUGCUUAGACAGCUGCUUCUCUAAUAAACUUGCCUGUUUCUCGCCACAUUAUCAGCUCUGUGCCAGCUUUGAUGGGAAAUUACUCUGUGAAUCCGUGAACCCUGUAGAUAAAUCGAAGUUGAUCAAACACAGACAAUAAAAUCCUGAACAACAUUGUCAGAAUCUGUGAUAACCCUUGGUAAUAAAUAGAGUUAUGAUCUGUUUAACUUCUUUAGUAAAGUAUUGUAAAGGCAUACAGCAAACUAAGCACAAGAUAGUUCCAUUGGGUGAUAAGAGGACUUCAUUCAUGAAUUUACUGCAUAAUCACACAUUAUGUAAAGUUUUAUGUUAUGUUAGAAAUGGCAGAUUAAUUGUGCCAGUAGUAAACUACUAGUGCAACUUAAAAUUAUGUUGUAGCAUAUAUGCAAAGCAAAGUACUGACUGUUCCCAGAACACAGAUGAGUGUAAGUAUACUCAUCUACGUUAUUAUUUACUAAGCUGCUACAUGAUACAUAGACUCUGCAGACCUUGUGCCACACGUUACAUGAUGUGAAAGUGACUGAGUUAUUUCAUUAUCUUACAUAAUAUUAUAAAACAUCUUUAGAAAUACAAUAUUUCGUUGUAGAAAAUUUACAAUAGGAUAUGUUGACAUGCCAGUGUUGUAGGCUGUUCAUACUUUAUUGUUCGUAUUUGUUGUAACUGUAUUUUCUUCUGAUUCUUGACAUGCUUAUAAGUUGUAGUAAAUUAAAUAAAGUAAAUUAGCCACUAAUGUCUGGAUUGAAAAUAA